AUGAGCUAUGACUGCGAUGUCCUCAUCGUUGGGGCUGGGCCUGUCGGGACCGCCCUUGCGCUGGAGCUCGCUCUGCAUCGGGUCUCGUUCCGCAUCAUUGACAGAGCGCCGGUCCGAUCGGACAAGAGCCGGGCCCUGGUCAUCCAGCCCCGUACCUUGGAGCUCCUGAACCGCCACGGCGCCGCCGACGCUAUCGUCACCCGAGGCCGCAUCAUUCGCGCCGGUGAGGUGCGCAUCAACAAGGAGCUCGUGGCCGACAUCACUUUCGAUGACCUUGGCACCAUCAACACCGAGUUCCCGCUGCCGCUCAACAUCUCGCAGGCCGAGACGGAGAGAUUUCUUGACGAGUGCCUCCUGAAGUACGGCAUCAGCGUCGAGCGGCCUGUCACCGCCACCAGCGUUGUCCAGGACGACAGCGGAGUCACGACGACGGUCGAACUGCCCGACGCCAGGAGCGAGACAAUACGCUCCCAGUACGUCGUAGGCUGCGAUGGCGCGCACAGCGUCGUCCGCCAUGCCUCCCGCAACAUUACCUUCCCGGGCGCCCCUUAUCCGCAGGACUUCAUCCUCUGCGACACGCACCUGCGCGACUCGAACGUCGCCCAGGACCGCAUCACGCUGCACCUCGACAACAAAGGCGUGCUCGUCACGCUGCCCCUCGCAGAGGGGACCGUCCGCAUGGUGGCCUCGCGCUCGCGCGUCGCCGUCGCUGACGACGUCCCGACCCUGGACCAGUUCCAGGCCUACUUCACUUCCAUGACCCCUCCCGGCUCCGGCAUCCUGCACGAUCCCGUGUGGCUGACCCGCUUCCGGCUGCACCGCCGCUACGACCUCGAGCGCCGCCCGAUCGGCCAAGCCCUGCUGCGCAGCACCGACCGCGCCUUCGCCUUCAUCUCGGCGCCCAGCCCGUGGUGGGUGCCGCUGCGCAACCUGCUGCUGCGCCGGGUCGCGCCGCGCGUGGCGCGCAGCCGCGCCGCCCGCCGCCGCUUCUUCAGCUUCCUCUCCGAGUUCGGCAUCAGCUACCGCGGCGCCGCGAGCGCGCUGGUCGGCCAGGCGCGCGGGUUCCGCGGCCCUGUCCGCGGCGGGGACCGCGUGCCGGACGGGAAGAUGCUGCGGGUGGUGGGACCGGUGGGUGGUGGUGGUGGUGCGGCGGGGACGGAGGAGGAGGAGACGAGUUUGCAGAGGGUCUGUGUCGGGGCGCCGCAUCAUCUGCUUCUGUUCGCUGGGCUGGGGGAUGGUGGGAAGGGCGGUGGUGGUGGUGGUAGCGGUGGCGAGGUGGGAGAGGGCGAGUUGAGGCGUGCGGCGGAGAGGGUGGUGAGGGCGUGUCGGGCCGAGACCAAGGUGCAUUACAUCGCGGGCAACGACAGGGUGGUCGACGCGGAUGAGUGGUAUGUCGACCCGGAGGGCAGGCUGCACGCCGAGUUCGGCUUCGGGAGGAGGGCCGGCUAUGUGCUGGUGCGCCCGGACGGGUACGUUGCGCACAUCGGGCCGCUGUCGAAGCUGGACCAGCUCGUGUCGUUUCUGGAGGGCUAUUUGGUAUCGGCCGUGGCCACCCCCUCCCGUUCAGUUUUGUCUCGUGCUCGCAAUAUUGUUUGGGCCGUUUUCGCAGUCUGGCUUGUGGCCAAGCUCUCGGGAAGAGUUGCGCAGAGGGUUUGAUUCUCGGGGACAAGCUCUUCUUGUUGGUUUUCGAGAUUGAUGGCGUGACAGUAAGUUCUCUUCCUCCCCUUUUCACUCCUCCCUUUUCUCCUGGAUGGGUAGUGGGGAUGCGGUGGCACUGCCGUGUCGCUACACUACCUUAAUCAUCGCGUUUUUACAUCUCGUUUUGUGUAAGACAGACAGCUGCAUUGUUUGACAAGAACACCCGCGCUACCAACUAGUGUUCGUAGCGAUUAUCUACAGUACCUACUUAGUAGCCUCGAAAUCAAACGGUUGGAUACCUCGAG